ACCGAAGUAGCAAAACUAUCGCAGUCUCAUGACUUUAUAAUGGAUUUGCCGGAUGCCUACGACACAAACGUCGGCGAACGCGGUAUGCAAUUGAGCGGCGGCCAAAGGCAAAGAAUUGCAAUAGCACGAGCUCUACUCAAACAACCCACUAUUUUAAUCCUGGACGAGGCGACCAGCGCAUUAGAUGCAUCAAGCGAGGCAGUAGUUCAACGUGCCCUUGACACUGCUGUUGUAGAUAGAACAACUCUAAUCAUUGCUCAUCGUUUAUCGACAAUAAGAAAUGCGGAUUUAAUAGUUGUCUUAGAUAAGGGAAACAUUGUUGAGAUGGGUAAACACGAAGAACUCAUGCAGCUCUUAUUGAUAGCACAUAAGUUUAAAAUCCAAACCAGACCAAUAUAG